AUGGAGCGGGCGGGCCCGCCGAGCGGCGGCCGUUGGGAGCGGCGGCCCGGAGCGCCGGGACCCGGGGAUCCCGGGGGCCCCGGGGACCCCGGGGACCCCGCGUCGGUGCGGGACGCCUCCCGGCAGCGGCCCCCGGCGGCGGGGGCGGCGGGAACGGGGGCGGCCCGCCUCCCCCCAGCCCACCGCGGAAAGGCGGACAGGAUCCCCUUUAAAAUUUUAAAAGGACACAAACAUGUUGUGAGCUCCUGCCAUUUCUGCUUUGAAGAUAAAAAAAUUCUCUCUAGCUCCUUCGAUCAAACUGUGAAACUGUGGGAUGCUGCUACAGGUGUUAAUAUUCAUGAUUUUGAAGAAAAACAUACAGCGCCUAUUUCAGAGUGCAGUGUGUCAGCAGAUAGCAGAAGGGUCGUUACGGCAUCCUACGACAAAACAAUAAAGGCUUGGGAUGUGGAAACUGGAAAAAUGUUGUGGUCCCUCAGCCAUGAAAACAUUAUACUUUCAUGUAAAAUUUCUCCUGAUGGCAAAUAUGUGGUAUCCGGUUUGGAUGUAGGAAAUGCAAUCUGUGUCACUGAUGCCGAAAGUGGUAUAAAUAUCACAUAUGUCAGAGAUCAUCAUAAAAGGCCAGUGACUGGAUGUUGUUUCGAUCCUGACAGUCAGCGGGUGGCUUCAGUCUCAUCUGAUAGAACGAUAAAGGUUUGGGAUAUAGCAGCACGAACGACACUUCUCACAAUUCAGGAAGCGCAUUCCAACAUCAUCUCAGAUUGCUGUUUUACCUUCAGUGGACAUUUUUUGUGCACAGCAUCUUGGGACAAAACCUUAAAAAUAUGGGAUGUCAAAAUAGGGGAAUUUCGCCAUCGUGGAGCUUGUAUGAGCUUGCUGCAGGGUCAUGAAGGUUCAAUUAGUUGCUGCCUUUUUUCCAAAGAUGCUUCUCUUCUGGUGUCUGGAGCAUAUGACAAAAAUGUUGCUGUCUGGGAUGUAGCAGGAGGAUAUAGGAAGCUAAUUUUAAAGGGACAUGAAGACUGGGUGAUGGAUGUUGCAAUUAGCAGCAACAGGAAAUGGAUUCUCUCUGCUUCGAAGGAUUCUACAAUGAGGUUGUGGGAUAUUGAAAAAGCUGAUAAGAUUCCAGAAGUAAUAGAAAAUAAAUUAGCUAAGGGUAUCACAAUAGCUCAGUGUGAAGACUGUAAAAAGCCUUUUUCACUCCUACAAAGCAAUGGCAGUUUUAAAGUGGAAACGAAAUGUGUAUUCUGUCGACUGGCCUCUCCUUCAAGACAGGAUUUGCCAUCACCACCUGAAGUAAAUUGAUUACAGGCUAUUGGACAUGUAUAUGCUCAGAUAAGUUUUCCAUAGGGUUUGAACAUGCUGGCUAGCAUGUAGAGUGCUUUGGAAAUCGGGAUCUUCUAUUGAACACUUGCAGGCGUGGAUAUUUCACUGGUGUGUUUAAUGCAAAAGGUCACGACUAAAUCUCAAGGUUUGGGAAUCUGUUUGUGGUAUUUCACAAAAAAAUAUGAUUGUAUUCUGCAGUAAAAAAUUGAUUUAAGUGAAUAGACAUAAUAAAAUCUAGAGUUUUUUGAGGGGUAUAGUCUGGAGUUGAACUUUUAAAAUAAUUUGUAUAUUUAGCAUAUACCUCAACUGAAUACUUUCUAUAAUCAUAUUGUUAUAUCUACAAGAAGAAUAGAUGAAUUCACUUUAUUUCCUGUGGGACAUAUCGAAAACAUUGAAGAAAGAACACACUAUUCUAUGAAGUUUUGGAAUCUGUAUUUCAUAUGAACUUUCUGUGUGUUAAAAAUGCCUUUGGUACAGGGUCAUUAAAAUCCUCUUCAGAGUUUGUUGGAAAAUGUUUAAAUGCAAGAUUAACUUGUAUGUCACAUGAUCAAAUGUGACAAACCGGUUUUGUAUAUUAACACUGUGUACUCACAGUCAAUAAAAGAUUAAGUUCCAGGAUAUUAAACCAUUCAUUACAAUUGCUUUUGUAACCCAGUGGCUUGUUCAUCCAAGAGUGAAGGAGUAUGUUUUAUGUAGGUAGGUAACAGCUGGUAAUGGCAAAGUUGCUGAAAAUGGAAGUCAGUUAUGAAUUUGGAAUUUAAUGGCUUUGUUUUUAAACAACCCAAAGCAUCUUGAAGCCCAGGCUGUAUGGAUGGCUCUUCAAACCAAAGAGAAAAGGAAACAAUUUAAAUGGGAAAGGUUUCUUUCCUAUGGUCAUCACCAUCAGUUAACACGAAUCCCGUACUGACGUAUGCAUGGAUGAUCCUUAUGCUGGUGACUUCCAGGAAAGCUAUUAGUGAUCAGUAAAAUUACCCAAGUUUUUUUUCUCUCUAGAAGGGCUACUGGGUAAUGCUUCCUCUUUUAUGAAAUUGUCAUCGAAAAAGGUAGAAGAUAAAUGAAUUAGCACAGGAUAAUGCAUUUGUCCAACCUGAAGAUUAUUGGUACUGUAAGUAGAUUUUUCUUUUCCACCCAUAGAGAACCUUGUUUGGAGCCUUUGCCCUUGGAUUCUUUGCUUAAAUUCAUUUUAGUUAUUUUCCAAAUAAAAGCUGCAGAAAAAAAUGGAA